UGCAGCGGCCGCCAUAUUCUGUGUGAGUAUUUUGAUUCGUGAGUGCUGGAAGAGGAAAACGGGAAAAGAGCAGCAGCUGCAGCGGGGAGGGGGGCAACCGUCCGGGGGACACCGUCCGGAGCCGUCACGAAGCUCUGCCCCGAAGGCUCUCUACCAGCGUCCGUCCGUGCGCCCGCCCCGGCCCCGCGGCUCCGCGAUCCCUGCCCCCCCUCCUCGUACGCGGCUUCGAGGACACACAGGCCCGGGGCCUCAGCGCGGCUCGGCUCUGCUCGGCCCCGGCGGCCGGAGCCCCUGCGGCGGCCCGGGGAGCGGCUCCGCGGCGGCCCGGAGGAGCGGAGCACCGGAGCACCAGAGGACCGGAGCUCCGCCCGGACCAACGCCGGACCACAGGCGUCACCGAGCGGCCGGAGGAAGAAGGCUCGACCGUCUUUCACGUUCAGAAGACGUUGAAGAUGCCGGUGUUUGGCUGCCACAACUGACGCUCCAGUGUCCUGACCAGAACCACCGCGCCUGAACUGGCAACACACGAAUGGCCCAGGGAAACCAUCAGAUUGAUAAUCAGGUUUUGCAUGACCUGCGCCAGAAGUUCCCUGAAGUCCCCGAGGGUGUGGUUUCCCAGUGUGUCCUGCAGAACAACAACAAUUUAGACGCCUGCUGCGAGUACUUGUCCCAGGUCAGUCCGGGCUACCUGUACAGCGAGGGAGGGAACCCGAGCGUCUCCGAAGACCCCGGUCUCAGCCGCUUCCACAAUCACAUGACCCAGCUGAACCUGGGCUUGCAGGCUCAGAAUGUGCUCGUGGCUCCAGUCCGGGACAGCCUGAGGAUGAACGGCAGCCGGACCCUGGCCCACAGCAUGAGUGACGGGCCCCUCCAGACAGGCCAGGCCCCCAGCAGUGACUUCUUCCCGGACGAGCCCCGGUCCGCGCCGGUGCAGGUGCCCCCCACCCUCAACGUGUUCGGAGUGAUGGAGCCCACAGGGAAGCCCCAGCCCCCGCAGCACCUGGGACUGUACCCGUGCGGCGGGAAGGGCGCGGCCGUGGGGCCGCCGCACGCCCCGCGCUUCAACCCCAUCACGGUGACGCUGGCCCCCAACCUCCAGACGGGCUUCAACACGCCCCCGUCUUUGCACAUACACGGCGGACCGCAGUCGGGCCUCGGCAGUCCUCAGGGUAACUCCAUCUACAUCCGUCCCUACGUCAGCCAGUCGGGGGCGGGCCGGCAGGGCCAGCAGCCGGGGGGCCGGGCCCAGUACAGCCCCACGUCUCAGCCCCAGCAGCAGAUCUACCAGAUCUCCCACCCCUCGUCCCUGUCCAGCUCCUGGUCCGUCCCCCAGCACCCCUCGGCGUCACAUACCUCAAAGACCUCUCACGUCUACAUGCCCAUCAGCUCCCCGACAAACCCCCAGGCGCCCCCGAUCCCCCCCGCCGGAGGCCAGGCGUCCUCCUCCGGCGUGUCCUCCUGCUCGUCCUCCUCCUCGGUCAUGCCGGGCUCCCUGUCGACGACCGGCCUGUACAACAUCCAGAACAUCUCCACCGGCCCGCGCAAGAACCAGAUAGAGAUCAAACUUGAAUCUCCCCAGAGGAGCAACUCCACCACAGCUGUGCUGCUGACGAGCGCAGGGCCCCGCCCUUCGUCCUCCUCCUCCUACAUGCCGGCCAACGCUCCGCUGCAGGUGCCCUCGGGGGCCCGGAGCUUGGGGGGCCAGGUGAGCAUGGGCCCCGCGUACAUCCACCACCACCCGCCCAAGUCCCGCGCCUCCGUGGGAGGGGGAGGCCCCGCUUCGUCCCCCCGCGUGGUGGUGACUCAGCCCAACACCAAAUACACUUUUAAAAUCACCGUGUCCCCCAAUAAACCCCCAGCUGUGUCCCCCGGAGUCGUGUCCCCGACUUUUGAACCCCCCAACGUCCUCAGCCUACCGUCGGACCCAGAGCCCCUGCACCUGUCCGACCCGCUGUCGCAGCAACGGGAGAGGCCGAGCGAGCACCGCAAACUCAGCAUGGGCUCGGACGACGCAGCGUACACACAAGCGCUGCUGGUGCACCAGAAAGCUCGGAUGGAGAGGCUGUGGCACGAACUGGAGAUGAAGAAGAAGAAGCUGGAAAAACUAAAAGAGGAGGUGAACGAGAUGGAGAACGACCUGACCAGGAGACGGCUGGAGAGAUCCAACUCGGCCUCCCAAAUCCCCUCUAUUGAAGAAAUGAAGCAGUUGCGAUGCAAAAACCGCUCACUGCAAAUCGACAUUGACUGCCUCAGCAAAGAAAUUGAUCUCCUGCAGACAAACGGACCACACUUAAAUCCCAGUGUAAUCCAUAAUUUUUAUGACAACCUUGGAUUCCUUGGUCCUAUUCCACCCAAACCCAAAGGUACUUUAUCUCCUGAGUCCGGUGGUAAGAGCGCCAAGCCGGCCGCCGGCCCGGAGGAGGACGAGGGCUCGCAGUGGAGCUGCACCGCCUGCACCUUCCUCAACCACCCCGCCCUCAAUCGCUGUGAACAGUGCGAGUUCCCGCGGCACUUCUGAGCCAGCCAGGCCGCCGCCGCAGCGCCGCGCAGCGCCGCCGCCAGCCCACCUGCUGUCCGCAGCACACACGAGGCUUCUUUCUCUUGUUUUUUUGUCUUUAGAUGUCUGAAAAUGAGACGGAGCGCCGCCGCCGCCACUCGGCCCCGCUUCUCUCUCCUCUCUCUUCUCUUCCCGCUCUAAGGUUUGCAGAAACGCUGUCCGCCCUUUCGAAGGCUCGACGGGACAGUGUUUACAGCUCUCGUUGGAUGAUACCUCACCUUAGAGACUCGGAUCACGGGGCUCACCGUUACCGGGGAAACCGUUACCGGGGAAACCUCGCUGCUCCCACUUUGACAGUAUUAGGCCGGCGGGCCGCUGUGACGGCACGGCGCCCUCUGCUGGCCCAAAGCCCCGGUUCCUGCUCUGAACCGGAACCCUGCUCGGCCUCUGAAGGGAGAACUCUGUGGACUUUUGUUUUCUGUUUGUGGAGGAUGUCAAAGGGCAAACAGCCGGUGUCGCUGCCACGCAGACGUGCUUGUUUCUCUCCACGCGGCCUGAUCCAACGAGAAAAAACAGUUGCAUGCGUUUGUGUACAGAACACGGAGGCAGACGCUCCCCAAGCUCUUCACUGUACAUACUCCUAGAAUGUGCCUUCAGACUUCCUUCCUCACACUAUGAAUCACUUGUAUUUCCUGUAAGUAUAGCUUUAUAGACUUUAUUAACUGUUUUUUUUGUUUCUUUUCUUUCAAACAAAUAAGCACCGUGCUGCCUUUUUAAGCUUUUGACAUCUGUGAGAGGUGAAGCCUUGCAGAAGGAGCCGUAGAAACCGCUGCGGCCAUCAUGAAGCUGCGUCUGCCGCUCGUGUCGUUGCUGAGUUUCCCAGCUGUAGAUUUUCAAGCGUAGAGGCCACGGAGGGGACUCACUCCUACAAGUGUCGGGGGACUCCCACAAGUGUCGGGGGACUCCCACAAGUGUCGGGGGACUCCCACAAGUGUCGGGGGACUCCCACAAGUGUCGGGGGACUCCCACAAGUGUCGGGGGACUCCCACAAGUGUCGGGGACUCCCACAAGUGUCGGGGACUCCCACAAGUGUCGGGGACUCCCACAAGUGUCGGGGGACUCCCACAAGUGUCGGGGGACUCCCACAAGUGUCGGGGGACUCCCACAAGUGUCGGGGACUCCCACAAGUGUCGGGGACUCCCACAAGUGUCGGGGACUCCCACAAGUGUCGGGGGACUCCCACAAGUGUCGGGGGACUCCCACAAGUGUCGGGGGACUCCCACAAGUGUCGGGGGACUCCCACAAGUGUCGGGGGAUUCCUACAAGUGUCGGGGACUUUGGGGGGGAUGGGGGUGUGAAAGAAGCCCGAGCACCGACUGCCACCUCCUCUGACAACUGGAACGUAAAAGCCUGGUGUCGGGGGCGACGACACCUCAGUGCAAAGAGACACUCGUUCCCCGGGGAGUCCGGACCGGGGAGUCCGGGCCGGGGGGGCCGGGGAAUCCGGGCCGGGGAGUCCGGGCCGGGGAGUCCGGGCCGGGGAGUCCGGGCCGGGGAGUCCGGGCCGGCGGCUCCUGGAAACAGCUGAAUUUAGCGCCUGAACUGAGUUUCUGUGACGUUCCAAAGAUCAAAGUGAAUAAGUUUCUGGAAAAAAUUGUGCUCCUGUGAUUCUCGUUUGUGCCUCUUACACAACAGCUCCGAGUUGUUGCAUCAAAAGAAAGAAAUGAAAUAAAAACACCCUCGAAAAGUAAGCACAACAUGACUGUCCACUUUGUAUACUCUUGUUUUUAUUGGCCAGGUUCGUCCCCUAACCUCUUACUGACGAGGGUGCUUUAAAGUUUACUUGUCCUCAUUAAGUUACCUUAACUGUGGAAUAGUUAGAUUUUUGUUUUUCCACGUUUGUGAACUGUUGCCUUGCAUUAGUGCCUUUUUGAAUUUAUAUUGACAAUCUACUCUGUAACAUCAAAGUGCCAUUUCUAAAACCCGAUUGUGUAAACCCGUUUAAAAGUAGAAAUGAAUUAUUAUCUCUGAAGCACUUAACGUCAUACUUCUUCCUUUUCCAACGCAAAGAAACCAGUUUUCAGCUUUAUCUGCACCUUGGUGUGAAGAGGCAGUUUUAUUCAUGUUUUAUUAAAUGGAAAAAAAAAGUAAUUUGGAUAUCUAAAGUAUUUUUUUUGAUUUUAGCUGGGGGAACUGUCUUUGUAACAGAUAAGUUAUUUGUAAAAAUAAAAAAAAAUCUAUUCUAAA